AGUUGCCAAAAACCUCAGUUGUAAUGACUCAGUAAAGUAGUAUAGAAAUAUCUUGAGUUGGAAAUAAUAUAUAUUUAGUGUCAAGAACAAAAUAUUUGACACAAAGUUUUAUUGGUAGAGUUGCUAUAUAGUGAGACCUAUAAGCGUCCUUAUUUUCAAUAUGGCGAUCAUGUUUUACGUGUUUCAAAAAAUAAUGUUUCCGGGUACUUGCUAGAGUGUGUUAAUUGUUAGCAUGGAAGAAUUUAAGCAUACCUUUGUUCGUUUAUGCAAGGAUAAUCAUGUUGAUGUUCAAGACUGUGUUACUGAUAAGCUGAAAAGCUUCUCGAGUGGAUCGGGAAAGGAAAAAACAGUGCUUGAUUUGUCUGCCAACAGUCUGACAGCUAAAACCUGUGCUGUACUUGGCAAAGUGUUGUCACUUGAUCGCACCUUUCUGGAAGUAAAGUUUGCUGACUGCAUGCUCAAUGAAGACGCAAUCAAAGGACUGUGUCAUGGAUUUUCUAUAAACUCAUUCUGUAAGAAGCUGGACCUCAAGGGCAAUAACAUCCGUGGUUCAGGAGCUGAAGCACUUGGAAAGAUGUUACAGAAAAACCACACUCUAGUCAGUUUAUGCCUCGAAUGGAAUGCUCUUGGGUUGCUCGAUAACUCGUUUGCUGUUUUCUGUGAUGCUAUCGGCUGUAACCGGAAUCUCCAGGCUUUAGACCUCCGAAACAACCAGAUCAACCACGAUGAAGCUGCAGAACUAGCAACAAACCUGAAACGGAACACUUACUUAAAAGCACUCGAUUUGCGAUGGAAUAACAUUGGACUGUUGGGUGGUCGCGCUCUUAUUGAGAUGUUGAAGACGAACAAGACACUGUCGAGACUGGAGCUGGCUGGCAACAACAUCCCGUCUGAUGUGCUCAAGUCUAUUGAGACAGCGAUUUCUAACAAUGCUGACCGGCAGCUGUUGACAAAUGAACACACAAAGAGAACCCAAACCCUCACCAAGCACAUCAAACAGAUUGAAGUGCAGAAAUGUGCACAGCUGUCUGAUUUGAUGAAUACACUUGACAACCAGGAAGAUCUUCUACGCAAGACUAAGAGAUCUUCCACUCAAAAAGUAUCACACCUACAAGAAGCUUUGGAAGACAGGAAGAGCGCCUUUAAUUCAUUGGCAUCUAAAUUGUCUAUGACUGAAUCAGAACUGGUAUUAGCAGAACAGAAACUGCACGACCAGGACUCUGUGAUUGCUCGUUUGAAACAGGAAAUGUCUGACAUGGCUGUUGCACAUCUAAAUGAAAUGAGACGGGAGAAGGAGGAUAGAGCAACUGAGGAGAUGAAAUUAUUGAGAGAACUGUCCGAGAGCAACGACAAGAACAUACAGUUAGAGAUUAAGAGUGAAGAUCUGGACAGGAAGUGCAAGAACCAGCAGGAACAGAUUUAUGAACUCAAAGAGCAGAUAACUCACCUCCAGGCUGAGUUGAAACUGAAGUCUUCUCAGUUUGAUGAACGAAUUCAGCAGGAAAAAAUACGACAGAAGGAAGCCAUUCGUGAUGUUGAACAGUAUAAACAAAAAGAGAUUAUUCGAGUCAAACAAGAGGCUGAUGACCUGGAAAAGACGCUGCGUGAUCGUAUUCACAAGAUGGAGGCCCACCAGUUGGAUCUUGACGAGGAGAUCAGUCGACUGAAGGCAACCAUUAUGUCAGACAAAAUGAUAGCUGAGGAGCAGUUGGUGCACGCCAAACAGAAAAUCAAAACAGAAGAGGAACAGCGUCAGAAGCAGCUGGAGGAGAAAGUCCGAGUGUUGCAGAUCACGAAGGACGAUCUUCAAAGUCACUGCAACCAGCAGGCGUCUCUGGUUUCAGAGCUCCAGUGUAAGAACUCUAACCUCACGCUUGAAGGCGACACCUUGAAGAGGAGACUGGAGGAAAUGGGACAGGAGCUUGCUGAAAAGAACAAUGUGACGAUAGCGGAGGUGAACAAGGUGAAAUUAGAGCUGACCGCUACCUUGAACAAGUUAGAGAGCGAGCGACAGCUACAGAGUGAGCUUCGUAACAAGCUGUCUCAGGUGGACAGAGAUAUAUCAGAGCAGCUCUUAAGACAUCGGCAGGUAGUUGAGGAGAAGGACAGGGAGAUAGUCAGCCUCAGUGAGAGGAUAAGAGCUCUGGAAUACGAAGUAUCACGCAUUCGAGACGAUGAAUCACAGCGAGCCCAGAUCCUUCAGUCGGCCAUCUUGAACUACGUGGCCAAGGUGCCUCCAGCCGCUCCUUUGAAGUGACCAGCACUUCAUUUUAACUGUGAUAUCCAUGCUUAUAUCCAAUUACGGUUCAAGCACGCUGUCCUGGGCAUGCACCUUGGCUAUUUGGGCUGUGUGUACAGAACAGUGGGUUAGUGGUUAGUAGGUUAUUUAGAACCUUUCAGAUUAUGUACCACUUUCCAGAUAAUAUAAGCUUCCCAGUAUCUAUGCCACUUCCAGAUUUUAUACCACUUCAUAGAUUUAAAAAUAACUUUUAUACCACUUCACAGAUACUAUAAACUUCCCAGGUCCUAUGCCACUUCCUGAUUAUAUACCACUUAACAGAUUUUACACUACUUAACAGAUUCUAAAAAACAUUUAUACCACGUAACAGAUAAUAUAAGCAUCCCAAGUUCUAUGCCACUUCCAGAUUAUAUACCACGUAACAGAUUUUAUACCACUUCAUAGAUUUGAGAAAAAACUACAUUUAUACCACUUCACAGAUAAUCUGGUUACAGUGAAUCUGAUGUACAUGUGGGUGUAAUUUGCAAACAUCUACUUGAUGGAAUAUGUUGUUGGAAAGAACAAGCUUGGGACAAUCAAGUCGCUGCUUUGUUUGAUAUCUACACAAGUAAUCAUUGCUCUUUAGGAUGUAAAAAAAUGUAUAAGAAAUAUUAAAAUUAUUGAUUACUCAUGCUAUAUCACAAAGAAGUGUUUAUCAGUUAAUCUGUAUUUUUUUUAUUUUUUUUUCUCUAGUCACAAAGUAGCAAGUAGAAAUAGUUGUAGAUAUAGUUAAUGUACUAAAAUACUACCUCAGAUGACUGCCAGUUGUGGAUGGUUUUGUUUUUUUAACACACACCUAUCACAGUUCACUGAUUGAAUCAAAUACAGUCAAACCCCUCUAAACCAGACACCCAAGGGACCUCGUAAAAAGUCUGGUUUCAAGGAGUGUCUGGUUUAGAUAGAUUCUUUUCUGUAGUAAUAUUUAAAAACAGACUAUGAGAAAUAUUUUGUUUUGAGGGAAUACCUAUUUGCAGAGGGUAAUGUUUAAGAGAGCCAUCACUGAGAGCAUUCCUCCAUCCUAGGGUCAGUGACUCCUAUAGGUCAUUCCCGAUGUGUCUGAACCAUCAUUUAAGAACCUCCUGGGGUCAGUGACUCCUAGAGGUCAUUCCCGAUGUGUCUGAACCUUCAUUUAAGAACAUCCUGGGGUCAGUGACUCCUAGAGGUCAUUCCCACAUCGUCUUAACCUUCAUUUAAGAACAUCCUGGAGUCAGUGACUCUUAGAGAUCAUU